UCAAAUCAUUGAUUGAUUGAUCGUUGUCUUUUCUCAGCCAACAGUCCUUCCGGUUUGACCGCCAUUAAAGACAGCAGACAUGGCUAUUCGCUAUCCUAUGGCAGUUGGCCUUAAUAAAGGCCACCCAGUUACCAAAAAUGUGACUGCACCCAAACACAGCCGCCGACGAGGGCGUCUGACCAAACACAGCAAGUUUGUCCGCGAUAUGAUCCGUGAAGUUUGCGGUUUUGCUCCUUAUGAGAGGCGAGCCAUGGAGCUGCUGAAGGUGUCCAAAGACAAGAGGGCCCUCAAGUUUAUCAAGAAGAGGAUUGGCACCCACAUUCGGGCCAAGAGAAAGAGGGAGGAGCUCAGCAAUGUACUGGCUGCCAUGAGAAAAGCUGCAGCCAAGAAGGAUUGAAUUGUUUAAUAAAGUACUUUAGACUGCAGAAU